UUCUUAUCAAUCGGCCUAUCCGAGGAGAAUGUCUAUAUAAAUACUCGUGGCUGAAGUAUCACUCCUUGCAGAAAACCAUCUGGCCAAGCGUGAUCUUGCACAAUGAACUGUCUGACUGUUAUCUGUUUGUUCGUGGGAGCCAGUUUGUCCUCGGCUCAAACUAUCGACUUGAGGCCCUAUGACAUCACUGCCCAGAAUCUCUUCACUGUCAAUGACGUUGAUAAGGACCAGGAAAUGUCCCAUUCUGAACUGGUCCUGUCCUUCAAUGGCUACGAUGCUAACUUUGACGGUGUAGUAUCACGUGAGGAAUAUACUACGUAUACCACUCACCAGAAUCCCGCCAUGUUUGUUCUCACGCAUGCGCUGUACGACAUCUACGACAGUGACAAGAACGGAGUUCUGACAGAGUAUGAUUACGAGCAGCUGUACAAGUUGUGGGAUGGAAACGAAAAUGGAAUUGUGAGCGAGUUGGAGUUUGUUCACUGGUGGACAGUUACACUGACGUCACUUGAUCACCUUCAUCACCCUGACGCCACUUUCGCUCCAUCCCCGGCCACCAAGUAGGUCCACCAAGUGACCAGAGCUGGCAACACGCAGUGUUGUCGUGAUGGAAGGACAAUCGUUGUAAUAAAAACAAUUAAACACAUAAAAUAGAA